UUUGUUGGCAAUUUUAUAAUUUUAUCCUUAGCCUCUUCCUAUUUGGUCAAAAAUCCAGCUUGGUCACCAGCCAUGUCACCCUCCUCCAGUUGCAAUUUAUCAAACUUCUCUUCAAGUCCCAGCGCUUCCCCACCAAAUAAUGAUUCUUCCUCUCCUCCCCCACCAACUUUUUAUACUCCCUCAACUUCCUUUUUACUCGAUGAUUAUUUACAUUAUACUAGAGAUACUUUAUCGCCGCUAAGUGCAAAUCAAGCAGCGCCUGGAGAAGUUGAGCCUGAUGAUCCAUCAGCAAUUGAUUUAUUUGAAAAUAAGGAAGAAAAGGUUACAGAAAAUGACAAUUUAUCAUUUGAAAAAGAAUUGCGGUUAAUGCAAAAAUUGGUUCACAUUGAAAUUCGUUUAAUUGCCCAUUUUUCACAUAAGGAGGAAAAGCAAAGCAUUUUUUUGAUUAAUCAAGAGGUAAUCACUCUACUUGUACAAUAUAUAAGCGAAGCCCCAGAAAUGGAUAACCGUCUGGCUAGGGCAUUGCGUCGACUUUCUUGUCAUCAAAGCGGAUUGCCUUUAUUGCUUGAAAUGAAUUUUCAACGAAUUAUUAUUUCGAGGCUUGUAAGAAGGAAUUGUUUAUUAAAUCGUUAUGCCCGCCCAUGUGGUCGUUGUGACGUGCGCCGAGAUUUUGGACGUUUACUUUUGUCUGAUCACGCUUUACUAGCUGAUUCUAGAAUGGGGGAAUAUAUUCUACUUACAACACAAAUGGACCCAACUAAAAAUCUUUUGGAUUUUAAAGAUGAAGAGAAUAGAAGAAUUUAUACAUUAAUGGCUGCAGUGAUUUUAAUUCGGCAGCCUGAACGCAGAUCUCGUUUCUUUUUAAAAUUUCGGCCAAUUGAAGCUAUUUUUGAUGUAUUUGGAGAUUUGUUGCGGAAAUGUGCGCAAAAUGAAAUUUCACUUGAAGAUGGCACUACAGAGGCCACUCUAUGUUGUGAUAUAAUAGCUACAUUAGCUUGUAUAUUCCCCCACCAACUCUUAGAAUCCUCAACAACAUCAAUUAGCAACUUUAUACCUUUAGAAGCUACAAAAAGUGACCAAAAGUGUCUUUUACUUGAAAGAAAUUUUGAAAUUUUUUCAAAAACAGAGGAAAUUCUCAAUUUUCGUAAUAGUAAAGGACAACAUUUAUUAACUGUUUUAAAAGAAGAUUUGUGCAAUUUUAAUGAAUAUUUUUCGGGAAUGUUCGGAAGCGAAUUUGUUCAAAAACUUGAAUUUAAAGACCAAUUUAUUUUUGAUUCGGAAGAGGAAAAUUGUUGCUGUUCACAAGAGGAUUUUAUUAAAUUUUUGGUAUAAUUUUGUGGUUUUUAUUCAAAGUGGUACCCUUG